AUGCAAGUGUUUGGGAGGAGGCUGAAUCUCAGAUGGUGUUUCCUUCUGAUGGCUGUUGCUGAUACGUGUGUGGUCUUUGCUCCCUCCUUCCCUGUUUACUGCUUGCUGCGCUUCUUGGCUGGGUUAUCUACCACAAGCAUCAUGACAAAUAGUAUUUUGCUCACAGUAGAAUGGUCACUGCUCAAGUUCCAUGCCACAGGAGUGAUGCUGAUCGUAUCUUCCUAUAGUAUUGGACAGAUAAUCCUGGGAGGCCUGGCCUUUGCCAUUCGAGAGUGGCAGACACUCCAGUUGGUGGUGUCGGUACCAAUAUUUGUCCUCUUUCUUUCUUCAAGGUGGCUUGCAGAGUCAGCUAGAUGGCUGAUUGUCAACAAUAAACCAGAUGAGGGCUUAAAGGAACUUAGAAAAGUUGCACGCAUCAAUGGAAUAAAGAAUGCUGGAGAGCUCUUGACUAUAGAG